UAUCGUCACACUAACGAGACUCACGUCCAGUUGAGAUUGUUCCACAACAGUUACCAAGAGUCACUGGACGCGAUCAGUCAUGCUGACCUUUGCUUUUAUUUUGCUACUCCUUGGCACGAGCCAGGCCCGGGGAAAGUCCGAAGAAAGUUACGAUUUCGUCAAACAGUCAACAAACUUUUCGCUCAACUUUUAUCGACAUUCGUUCAAUCCGGACGAGAAUGCGAUCCAGUCGCCGGUGUCGGUUCAGGCCACACUUUCGCUCUUGUAUCACGUAGCUAGUAAUAGUACCGCUGCUGACAUGCAAGCGAUUCUCGGGUUGCCCGCUGCGAAGAAAAAACCUAUUCCGAGUCUGGUAGAGUUCCUCAACAGCACUGGUGGCAGUGACAGCGUCCUCAGGAUGGUCUCCAAAGUGUACCACAGCCCGGAAGACCUGAAUCCAAAGUUUCUUCCGCUUCUGCAAGAUUCCUACAAGGUCGAGGUUGAAGAAGCAGAUUUUAAGCAGAAACAAAAGGUAGCGGAUUCGGUGAACCGGUGGGUCAAUAGCUCUACCAAAGGAUUGAUCCCGGAUUUGAUCACGGCCAGCGAUUUGAAGGACAACGAUCGUUUGAUCCUGUUGAACGCGAUCACCUUGGACGCCAAGUGGGAACAUCCGUUUCCGAAGAGUUCUGCCAGGAAAACGUUCCAUUUUGUGGACGGCGAUCAUGACGUUGACAUCAUGUCCAUGGAUGAGGAGGUCUCGUGCGGUAACUUAGGUGAUUUAAACUUGCUGGAAUUACCGUAUGAAAGUGAGACCGAUUUGUCGAUGUUGUUUGUGAUGCCGAAGAACGGGUCGUUACAAGAUUUAGUCAACCAACUCACGUUGGAGUUCUACGAAAGGCUAAAUAGUGCACUUAAGCUUGAAUACGGAACGGUUGAGAUUCCCAAAUUUUCGAUCAACUCCAAAGUCAAAGCCAAGGACGUGCUGCAAUCCAUGGGAUUGGGAUCGGCCUUCGAGGUGAAGGCAUUCAAAGUAUUCGCUCGGAAGCCAGCUCAGCUUUCCGAGUUGCGCCAGAAGGCAGUGAUUAAUGUGUUCGAAACUGGAACCACAGCAGCUGCCGUAACUGAAGGCCAGCUGGUAUUUCACACAAUUCCAUUGGAACUUUUCAUCGGAAAUCGUCCCUUCAUCUACUUGAUUCGCAGAACUUCAACGAAGGAGAUUUUCUUCAUCGGACAUUACUCUCACUAUAAGCAGUAAAUUAAUACCAACAAUUACUGAAUAAUAUUAAUCAACAUUUCCAAUAAACAAACUGGCAGCACUGCCAACCUCAUCGUAAACUGCAUCAAAGGCUACGGAUGACCAUCCGAAAUCGACUCAUUUGCCCUGUGCUUUUGUCCCCAAGAGAUCCCCAAGUACAGCGCUUCCUCACUGUACUCGACGAGCUGUGAUUACAUUUUUUUCGCUUCUUCUUUUCAAUUAAUAUCUUGGUUGGUUCAGUGAUUUAUACUUGGCCCUUACUCUCACUCUCGUGGCAUGGCUCGAUAGGGUCUCUGGCUGGAAGUUAUUAUGAUUAUCAUCGCCAUAUCGGCAGCCAUCAGCGCGCGGCAAAGGAACAAAUUAUCACGCGCGAAUGGCAGUCUUUUGCUUUUUGAAAGAAGCAGAAAAAGUUUGAGCAAGCGACAUGGUCGGUAUACUUUGUGAAACAUGUUGUAAUCAUGCUUUGAGAAGCAAGUUUUAAACGUAAAGUUUUAUUUUCAUUUGCUAGCUGUUUGUAAUAAUCGAUCAAAGGAAUAAUUCACUGGAAAGUAAACGAAAUCCUUCUUUGCAACAUCUUUAGCCUGAAUCAAAUGUGGUGACUAAUUGGCUAAGUAGGAACAUGUAGCACAUGAGUCAUAAUGUGAACAGUUUCGGUAUAAAAAGACCAUUUUAAGAAUUAACUAUUUUAACGGGAUUUUAAAGUGUCAUUAAAUGCAUUUGACACGAUUGUAACAGAAAACCGCAACGUUAAACAGUUUCAAAUUCUUCAACUCCUUAUCGCUGUUAAACAUGAUUCACACAGCAUUUCCAACCAGCUUGAACGUGACUCGCGUGAUCCAUCUGCCUGCAGUUAUGACAAAUCCGAACCCCACUCGUCACCACAAAAGCUCCCCCCGACUGCACAAACAAAAUCAUCUCGAUUCUCGGUAAUGGACGGUGCUUUCCAUCAACAACAACAUUGCGCACACAUUUUCCCAGUGAAAUCGAAAGGUAUCGCUAACCGUUGGUAUAAUAACCAAGCUUGGUGAAAAAUUCCACCUUUUCAAACGUGCGUAAUAUUCGAGAUAAAAUGUUACGAUGGAUAAUCUGUGCUUGUCUCAAGUGCGCACAGUGGCAGAGGUUUGAGGUUUCACCAGUCCACCGGACGAGCAUAGUUUUUCACUUUCGUAGCAGCAAUGUGUGCACCGCAACGAUCAAGUUCACUUUUCGCAUAGAUAAGCCGGUUUGCUGUCCCGAUUGGAAAGAUAGUCAACUUUAAAUUAAUAUCGAUAGAUUUACAAAUGUAUUAAAAUCUUAAACAUGUAAAAAUAUAUUGUUUUUAAAAUAUAAAUAAAUUCAAUAAAUUAACCACUAUUUUCUCAUCUCGGAUAGUACUCAAUGAAUGCAACUCCUCCUUAGACUACGCAUCAUUUGGUUUUAAACGUUCAAGUGCAACAGAGAUAAAGCUUAAGAAAAAAAAUAGCAGCAAAAUCGCGAACAAUCAACAUACCAGUGCUAAAUGUUGCUUACAACGAGUCAACAUACCACGCUGGAUAGCAAGUUGUUUCUUCAUCGUGCAACAGAGAAGAAAAAAUGCACCCGUUUGUUAAUAUUUGGCUGAGGUGGUUCCGAAUGUUUUACUAAGAUUUAUUUCUGCAGAAAAAAAAUCGUUUCAGAUAGUUUAGAAAGGCAAAUCUUUAUUUAUUCAAAACGAGACACCACAUUGAAGAAAAAACUUUGAAACUUAUUUUAAUCCACCCCAACUGUUAUUUUUGCUGGGCCCAUCAAAGGUUAUCCAAGCGGUAUUUCUUUAACACGUACAACUGCAAGUCAUAAAAACAUUAGCAAGAUCAAUGCACUGGCUGUGGAGUAUAAUCCUUCGAAGGAUUUUGAAAUUUAAAAUCAUGAUUUGUUCUGUAGUGUUUCUAGAUUGUUAAUAUAUUAUAAGUUUUAUUUGCGUUAAAAUAAGACAACAUUCGGUCUGA